AAGAGUAAUAACGGUGUAAAGGUCAAAUAUUUCCAUUAUUUCAGUGUUAAAAGUACGGUGGGAAUUAAAGAAUGAGUUUUAUGGAGGAGCAAAGGUCGCAAGGUGCGGUCGAUGAGCAAAUUCAAGCCUUCAUAGAGACUGAAGCUAAAAAGCAGCAGUUUCAGGAAUUGACAUUUCAUUUAACUGGCAUUUGUUGGGAAAUCUGCGUUGGACGUCCUGAAGCAUGUUUGAAUCCAAAAGUUGAAAAGUGUUUCAUAAAUUGUGUAGAUAGAUUUAUCGACACGACAAACUUUAUUACAAACAGAUUGGAACGUGUAGUUUUGAACAACUAUUCGAAAGUGGAUGUACAGUAAAUUACUGCAAGAUCACAAAAUCUGCAUAAUUAGAUUAUAGAUCAUACAUUAUCAAUGUUUAUGAUAAAGUAUGUAGCGCUUUGCACCUAACCCUUGAUUCAUAUAACUUAUUUUAAAACAUGUUAUCAAGAAUCCG